AUGAGCGAUUCACAAUUCUCGAGUGGAUUAGAAAGAAUUGAUGGUGAUCUACGCAAUCGUAACCAUAUCAACUCCCUAAGGACAUCAAAAACUAUCAAUCAUGAGCAAGUUGAUGAGUUAGACGAGAUCAUCACAAAGACUAAUUCACUUCGUAUCAGAGAUCAACCUCACAUAUCAUUGUGGUGGAAGAGGAACUCAAGUUGGGUUAUAAAGUAUGCAUUUCCAAUACUUUUGACUUCAUUGUCAGCAUUUGUCCGGCUUUACCGGAUUCAUACAUCAAAUAAGGUGGUAUGGGAUGAAGCUCAUUUUGGAAAGUUCGGAUCUUACUAUUUGAAGAAUGAAUUUUAUUUCGAUGUCCACCCUCCUUUGGGGAAACUUCUAGUUGGCCUCUCUGGCUAUUUGGCCAACUAUGAUGGAAAUUUUAGCUUCGAAUCUGGUGAAACUUUUCCCGAGAACUGCAAUUACGUCUUGAUGAGAUGUUUCAACUGUAUUUUUGGUAUUCUUUGUACACCAUUGGCAUACAAAACAUCCCUCUUGUUGGGGUUCAGUCAGCCUACUACUUGGUUCAUUUGCUUGCUGGUGAUUUUUGAAAUGAUUUCUCUUACUCUCUCCAAAUUCAUUCUCCUUGAUAGCAUGUUAUUGUUUUUCACCGUUUUGUCUUACUAUUGCUUGAUAAACAUACAUGUACUUCGGAAUUCUAAUUUAUUAUUGAGUUAUCAUGGAAUAAAGUGGUCAUUACUUACUGGAAUAUCUAUCGGGUGUGUGUGCUCUGUGAAGUGGGUUGGUCUCUUUGUUACGGCUUUGGUUGGAUUGUAUACUAUUUAUGACUUGUCCAUCAAAUCGUAUCAAGUUGUUUCAACGAAAACACUAUCAGCUGGUAAAUAUCUUGCUCACUGGGCGGUGCGAAUUAUCACAUUGAUACUAGUUCCGUUCAUGAUCUACUCAAUUUGUUUCAAAAUACAUUUCACGAUCUUAAGCCGCUCGGGGCCCGGUGAUGGUUCAAUUUCUACAUUAUUGCAAGCAACCUUAGAUGGAAACACAUUGAAAAAUGGACCUAGAUCAGUUGCUUAUGGUUCAUUAAUUACAAUGAGGUCUCAGGGUUUAUCACCUAACCUAAUUCAUUCACAUCCUCACACAUAUCCUGAAGGCUCACAACAACAGCAAGUUACGACAUAUGGCUUCAAAGAUGAGAAUAAUGAAUUCCUAGUUGAAUUCAACAUUGAAGAAAGCUUGAAUGGAAAUUUUGCAACUUUAGAACCGUUGGAGAAUGAUAAUAUCACCAAGACUUAUCAGCGGGUAAUUAAUGAUCAGGACACCAUUCGCUUAGUACACAAAUCUUCUGGGUGUUUGUUACAUUCUCACCCUAUUCUUGCUGCUAUACUGAAAUCCCAUUAUGAGGUUUCCUGUUAUGCGGAUUUGGAGGGAAGUGAUAUCAAGGAUGAAUGGAUAAUAGAAGUUCAAACACAAGAAGUAUCCCCAUCAAAUGAUUUCGAUGAUGAAGAUCCAACACAUAUUCAUCCAAUAUCUACAAAUUUUCGACUUCGCCAUAAGGUAUUAGGGUGCUAUCUCGCAACUACAGGUGCCUCCUACCCAGCAUGGGGCUUUCAACAAGGUGAAGUAGUCUGCAAACAGUCAUUUUUACUGAAAGAUAAAAGUACUUGGUGGAAUAUUGAAGAUCAUGAAAAUGAUAAGCUUCCUCAACCUUCAAUAAAGUACGUGCCUCCUAGGCCCAAAUUUUGGAAGGAAUUCGUAUUAUUAAACUAUGGAAUGAUGGCCUCUAAUAAUGCCUUGAUACCAGAUCCUGAUAAAUUUGAUAAGCUAAGCUCUGAUUGGUGGGAAUGGCCAAUAUUGCAUACUGGUUUGAGGAUGUGCUCUUGGUCAAUUGACGAUGUCAAAUACUUUUUGAUUGGCCACCCGUUUAUUACCUGGUUCUCAACUUUCACUUUGAUUGCGUUCAUACUUUAUUUCACAAUAGUUGUCUAUAUGAUGAGAAGGCAAAAAGUUUCGUUCGAUAUCUUGGAUUCUUAUUGGAAUGAUUUUCUUAUUCAAGGUAUUAUCCCCUUCCUUGCAUGGAUGUUUCACUACAUACCUUUUAUCUUAAUGGGAAGAGUCAAGUAUUUGCAUCAUUACGUCCCUGCAUUAUAUUUUGCUAUUUUCGUCAGUGGGUUUUUCAUGGAAAGUGUAAUCUACAAACGAGCACCAUUAUACAUUUCAUAUUUAUGUUACACAUUGGCAUACAUUCUAAUACUCGCAGGCUUUACUUAUUACAAGGAUCUUGCAUUAGGUAUGGAAGGUUCAUCGUCGAAUUACCAGCAUUUGAAGCUCUUAAGUUCUUGGAUAGUAUAG